AUGGCUGCUAUAAAUUCGACCAGCAGCGGCUCAUCCUUGACUCUUCGACAUUUUGCGUGCCCAGUGUUUAGUGUUGGUCAACCGAAUAACGAAGGUUUUACAAAGCUGCAAGCUUACCCUCUGGCAGAAAAUGAAGAGAAGCUACCCAGCCAGCCAAUACAACCCAACGGACAAUCUCCAUUAAUCCAAACUCUUCCACAAAAACCAGAAGAAACCCUACCUGCCAACGACUCAUCCGCAGAAUCCUCUUCAUCAGAAAGCAACGAAUCCUCAGAAAUAAAACCAGCCCAACCGCUGUCUGCACCAGCAGCCGAUGAACAAGAAAAACCCGCUGAAGCACCCAAACCAGCAGAGGAAUCCAAACCUCUAGCAGACGCAGCUUCCACCCUUGCCCCAGCAAUAGCCGCCGCAAAAUCAGCUCUUCCAGCCAAUGACGAACCACAAGAAAAACCUCUGGCCCUACCAACCUCCGUAUCCCAAGAAAAGCCUUUGGAAGAAUCAAUCAAAGCGACCGCUACCGAAAUCAAAGAAGAAAUCGUGAAGCCCAGCGAACAGAAAGUCGAGAAGAAUCCUGUCGCUGAAGAAAAGCUCCCCGAGCUCAAGAAAAUCGAUCCUCAGCCCGAAAAAAUCGUACCUACAGAUGCCAGCAUCCAAUUGAAAGCCGUUCCAGCUGAACCAGCCCAAGCUGAAGGGGUAGCCCCACUGAAAUCUAUCCCUCUCGAACCAGUAGCUACCGAAGCAAAAGCCCCAGCUCAACCUACUCCAGCAGUGCAACCAGUCAAGCCUCUCGAGCACACGAACCAGCUCAGGUCCGUUCCUGCUUCUGUUGCAGCUGUACAACCAGUCCCAGAGCAAAUCCAGCCCAAAGCUGUACAACCAGCAGUAGAUAACAUCCAAGUCAUUCCAGCCCCAGAAAGCGAGAAGAAAGCUAAAUCCGAGGAUGCCCCAGCGGAGCCUCUGGCAGAGGCACCGAAACCCGAGGUCGCCAAGCCUGUUGAGCCACUAGCCAGCAGCAGCGAAGCCCCUGCAGUACCGGAAGUGAGGAAGCCAGAGGCUGCUUUGGAAGAGGCUAAGCCGAUCUUGGAUGCGAAGCCCGAGCAGAAACCAGCAGAGCCCAAGGGCGAGCAGCAAGAAAUCCUGCCGAAGCCGAGUGCAUCGAGUUCUUGA